AUGACUGUCGUUCGAGUUGCCGCAUGCCAUGUUUCUCCCAUCUUCCUCUCCGCGAAGGCUACGACCGCAAAAGCAAUUGGGUUGAUCAAACAGGCUGCGCAGAACAAAGCGAAUCUAGUCGUCUUCCCGGAAACAUACAUCUCCGCGUUCCCAAUAUGGAGUUCGAUACGGGCUCCUACCGAGAACCACGAUCUUUUCAAGCAAAUGGCACAUGAGUCGAUCUUUGCAGAUGGCGAUGAAAUCUACACUAUUCGAAACACUGCAAAAGAGGCAAACAUCAUGGUCAGCGUAGGCUUUUCUGAAAAAGCUCGCUUCAGCAGUGCGACUCUAUACAACUCAAACCUUUUCAUCGGAACUACCGGAGAGGUCAUGAUUCAUCAUCGGAAAUUAAUGCCUACGUUCUUUGAGAAGCUUACUUGGGCACCUGGAGAUGGGCACGGCCUUCGCGUUGCAGACACGCCGUAUGGAAAGAUUGGAAACUUGAUAUGUGGAGAGAAUACCAACCCUUUGGCUCGGUAUAGCCUUAUGGCUCAAGGAGAGAACAUUCACAUUUCAACUUGGCCACCAAUCUGGCCAACCCGAGUUGCUUCCCAGGGUGGAGCUUCAGUGUCUUCUGAGACAGCCUCAGAUAAGCCCAACUAUGAUAAUGUUACCGCAAACAGAACUAGAGCGGCUGCUCAUUGCUUCGAAGCCAAGUGUUUCGGUGUCUUGUGCUCAGGCGUUCUGGGAGAAGACGCCAUUCAGGCAGUCUCUGGGGGUUCAGCGUACUUAACUGAGGUGCUACAGCAGUCUCAGCGUGGCGCGACACAGUUUCUUGAUCCAACUGGAGCUCCUAUGAAGGGAUUCACCAUCGACAGCCAAACUGGGGAGACUGUAGCUACCGACUUUCUGCAGCUUGAUGAAGGGAUUCUUUAUGCUGAUCUUGAUAUCGAGGAUUGUAUCGAAGGGAAACAGUAUCAUGAUGUUGUUGGAGGAUAUCAGCGCUUGGAUGUUUUCGAUCUUAAGGUGAAUCGUACUCGAAGGGAGCCAGUUACUUUCACCGAAGACGUUAGCAAGGAUUCAUCUCAAGAUUGGCAACCCGUUGACUGA